AUGGAUCGCCUUGUGAACCUGCCACCUGAACCGCUCAAACCGGAGGAAUCCCAGUGCUGCGGCCAAGGAUGUCAGUUUUGCGUCUUUGACACUUACAAGCAAGAAUUGUUGAUUUGGCAAAGAAAGUGUAAGGAACUCGAAACUUGCCAAUUGGAGAAAAAUACUAAAAUGAAUCCAGAAACUUAUGUAGACUGUGUUAUUGAAAGUGUCGAACCAGUGUGCCCUAGUGUUUUUUUGUUCCACUUCAAGCUUCCGGAGAACCACUGUAUGGAGUUUAGUGCGAGCCAGCAUUUGAUAGCCCGCGAAAGUACGAGCAACUCAACCAUUUCCAGGCCAUACACUCUGAUCAGUUCACCCGGACUAGUGAAAAAAUUUACUGUCUUGAUAAAACUUUAUGACAACGGAAUGAUGUCCAACAUUAUCAAAAGAAAAUGGCUGACAGGAAAGGUAGUUUCUUGGAGAGGACCAAUUGGUCAAUGUGACUAUAAGCCAAAUAGUUAUCGUAACGUACUGAUGAUUGCGGCUGGAACCGGAAUUACCCCACUGUACCAAAUAACAAAGCUGAUUAUUGAUAACCCGGAUGACGAAACGCGCGUUUUUCUUCUUUAUGGUUGCAGAACGUACUCAGAAAUAAUUUUCCAACGUGAAUUUCAUCAACUGCAAGAUUAUUGGAAUUUCAAGGCCUGUUAUUUCCUCAGUGAUGAUGAGAAUCAAGAUGCUGAAACCCUUAAAAGACAUAACGAAGAAAUUAUUUAUCACAAGUUAGACGAGGAAACCUUGAAGGAGAUGAGUGUUAUCAAGCAAAGUGACAGUUUACGCGUUUAUCUGUGUGGAUCUAAAGCAUUUGAUAAAAAAAUAAUCGAGUAUUUGACUAAAAUUGGUAUUGAGAAAAGUUCCAUAAUCACUUUUUAGUGAAUACAAUUCUUGCUGAAU